AUGGCGGUGGGAGCGGCCUCGCCGGCGGUAGGGCACGCCGCGGCCGGGGCCGGGGGCGAGGCAGCGCCAGCGGAAGGGGUGCCGGGAAUCGGGGUUGAGGCGAAGGGGAAGGGGAAGGCGGUGCUAGUGGAGGGAGGCCGCCGGCAGUCGCCGUCGAAGGGGAUGGGGCGGAGGAGGAAGAGGACGAGGAAGACGAGAAGGAGGUGCAUGCGGAUGCGGAGGAGGGGGAAUGAGGAUGAGGGGGAGAAGUGGCUGGGGCAAUACUCCUCCACGCAGAGCAUACUGCUCGUUGGCGACGGCAACUUCUCCUUUUCCCUGGCGCUGGCCACCGCGUUCGGCUCCGGCGCCAACCUCGUCGCCACGUCGCUUGACACCUACGAGGCUCUGAGGAAGAAGUACUCCGGUGCAGACUCUAAUAUAAUGAAUCUGAAAAGAUUGGGGGCCACUGUUUUUCAUGGCAUUGACGUGAAAACAAUGAAGUUUCACACUGACCUGAAAAAUAGACGGUUUGAUCGUAUUGUCUAUAACUUCCCUCAUGCUGGCUUCAAAGGAAAAGAGUAUGAGGCGCACAUGAUCAACUUGCACAAGAAGCUGGUGAAGGGAUAUUUCGACAAUGCACGACACCUGCUUCGGCCUUGUGGUGAAAUCCAUGUUAGUCACAAGACAGGAGGAUCAUAUGACAAAUGGGAUCUUGAGUGCAUCGCCGCCAAGUUUUCUCUUAUUUUGGUUGAGAAAGUUGGUUUCCGAAAAGCAGACUAUCCCGGUUAUGACCAAAAGAGAGGAGAUGGUCCAAUGUGUAACAAAUCUUUCCCACUAGGUACCUGUUCCACAUUCAAGUUCAAAAUUCGAGAUUUGAAGAAGCGGAAGGGACAGAAUUGGAAAAGGACUGGAUUGGUCUUAUCCCUUGGAGGCAGCACAAGGCCAUCUCUGAAUGCUUUGGGCGCUCCAGGUGGUAUUCCUCCACCGAUGGGCGGAAUCACAAGCACCACUCUCCUCACUCCUCAGGGGCAUCCAUGGUAUGAACAGAGAAUCAUUGCCGAACCGCUAGGAGGAACAACUGACUACUUCUUUUCCCAGGAAUACCAAGGGAGUCUGUGGAGGGAGUAUGCAAUGUUGAGGCAAGUGAUGCCUGGAGCAACCAGCUGGAACUAUUCUGCCUUCUUGGAAAAUCGCUACAGGGAGUCUGUUCAGAAACAGGAGCGGUUGCGCAGGUUGAUCGCAUACAGUUGUCAGUGA